AUGUGUUCCCGUUUGGACGGUGAACACCAGAUACGGCAAGUAAAAAGCGGCGGCGGAAACUGCGUUCGGCGGCGGCGAGAUGAAACGGCAAUACUGUCCGUACUGUUUGUGCUCCCGUUUGGACGGCGAACACCAGACACGACUAAGCUGUUGGACUGGAACGAUGAUUUGGCUGGCUCGCCGGGGUCUAUUUACCACAUACCCCGGCUGCUUCGGCUUUUGAGAAUUAUGACUUCGGUGUGUUAUGUUUUAAUAGUAUUUGGUGGUACAUUUUCGGAGGACGGUCUCAUGACGUGGUCGAGUGAACCCUCAGAUGCCUUUUUACUUGGCGUGAUUAAUUUAGUUUAUAAGUUGCGGCCUUUGGUACUUUAA